GUAUGCUUAUAUUCCUCAAAAAGAUUUAAGUCUUGAAAAGAAUUGUCUUAAACAAAUUAGAAGAGUUAUGAGACAAAGAGCAAUUAGUGUGAAUUUGCAACCAGAAAUAGAAGAAGCAUGUCUUAAAGAUCUCGGUGUUUAUUGCCAUAAAUUAAAAAAAGGCCAAGAGAUGGAGUGUCUUCAGAACAAUUUGGAACGGCUUGAAAAAUUGUGUCAUGAUGCUGUCGAAUCAAUUACUGAAAUUGAAGCACAAGAAGCAGACUUAAACCCUUAUAUUACUAAAUAUUGUAAAAACAUAAUUCAGCAAUUGUGUGCAGCCGAAGAUAGUAACGAUGAUGGCAAUAUUAUGGACUGUUUAAUAGACAACAAAAAUAACCCAUUAGUGAAAUCAAAUCAUGCUUGUCGUGCCAGUAUUGAACAUUUUCAGAUCAUUUCUCUUAAAGACUACAGAUUUACAUAUAAAUUUAAAGUGGCUUGUAAAUCAUAUGCUACAAGACUUUGUAAUUAUGCUAGAACGAAAAAUGAGGUGAUGUCUUGUUUAAGUGAACAAAUGCUAAAUGCCACAAUUCAAGGUUUAAAAAGUAGCAUAUCUAAAGAGUGCAAGCAACAACUGAGGUCACAAAUAUUCCACCAAAGAGAGAAUAUUGACUACAAUCCUUCACUGAAACUAGCUUGUUCUGAAGAUAUUCAAAAAUAUUGUAACAAUUUACAUCCUGGAAAUUCUCAGGUACUAGAAUGUUUACAAAGUGUUUCACCAGGACGAUUAAGUAAAAAAUGUGAAAAGGAAGUUUUCAAAGUUCAAAAACUUGAAGCUUAUGAUAAUACUGUAGAUUAUGCACUUUUAACUACAUGCACACAGGCUAUAGAUCAGUUCUGCCCUGAUCGGGAACGAGAAAGUAUACUAAAUUGCCUAAAGGUAAAUAAAGACGAGAAAGGUUUCGAUAAAAAGUGUCGUAUGAUAGUGUUGCAUCGCAUGAUGGAACAAAAUGUGAAUUACUUAUUAAAUCCAUCUCUUCAAAAAAAUUGCAGUAUGGAUAUAAAAAAAUUUUGCAAGAACGAAUUAUUAUCAAAUGAGAAGUCAAUAACCGACUCUGUGAUAAAAUGUUUAAAAGUGCAAUUCAAGUCGUUCAAACUAUCCGAUACCUGUGAAAAAGAAAUGGCUGAAAUAUUGAGAGAACAAGCUCUGUAUGUUAAUCUCAAUCCCCUUAUUAAAGUUGUUUGUAAAAAUGAGAUCGAAACAAUUUGUAAAUUUGAUGAGGAAGAUUCUGGGAAGGUCGAAGAAUGCUUGAAAAAUGCACUAAUUAAGAAAAAAAUUCCCACACCAGAAUGUAGUCUUGAAGUUGCAAAUAUGAUUGAAGAGUCCCAAGCCGAUAUUCAAGUAGACCCUCUCCUGCAGAGAACGUGUGCUCUUGAUUUAUUAACUUUUUGUAAUAAUGUUCCACAAGGAAAUGGAAGGCAUAUACAAUGUUUAAAGAAAAUAUUGGAAAGUGGAUCACAAACUUUGACUCCAAAGUGCAAGAGUAAAUUGAAAGAAAGAUUUGAAAUGUAUAAAAAUGCAGCACAAAUUGCUCCUCUAAGUGAUUUUCAAGAUCUGUAUCAACAAGUUGUCACGUCUCCAUCAAAAAAUUAUUUUGUUAUUGUUGUUUUCAUGGUGUUUGCCGGUAUAUUUGUAAUUGGUGUACUUUGUGGACAAGUUUCAAAAAAUAAAUAUAAAUUAUUAAAGAAUAAAUGAUAGUUGAAAAAUUGUGAUAUAAUUAAUUGUAAUGUGUA